CGCAUGCGCCCCGCUGCUCCAGGAGCGCAGUUUCGGCCUGUUCCGUGGCCGCUCGGUCAUUUUCGCCUCUUUGUUUUACUGAUAGUGGAUUUAACUCGGAUUCGAGCCCACAUCCAGCGGACCGUGCUGCUCCCAAACAGGCUUCGAUGAGAGGCUCUCCAUGAUGAGCAGCUAACACUGUCGGCCGCACAACCACAGAAAGAAUCGUGGCUGCUGCACCACCCACAGUCGACGCAUGGCGGUAUUAGGGAACCCCGACAUGCUGACGAGGAAGAUAAAGCUGUGUCACAUCAAUGCCCACAUCACAUGUCGUCUGUGUGAGGGCUACCUGAUUGAUGCCACCACCGUCACCGAGUGCUUACACACCUUCUGCAGAAGCUGCUUAGUGAAGUAUCUGGAGGAAAACAACACGUGCCCCACGUGUAGGAUUGUUAUUCAUCAGAGCCAUCCACUGCAGUACAUCGGCCAUGACAGAACAAUGCAAGACAUUGUGUACAAGCUGGUACCGGGACUUCAAGAGGCGGAGAUAAAGAAGCAGAGGGAUUUCUAUCAGAAGUUGGGAAUGGAAGUACCGGGAGACAUUAAAGGAGAGCUUUGCAACAUGAAGACUCAUCUAGAUCAGCGCAAUGGGGAUGCCAAAUCAGAGGACACGGCCAAUAAAGAGGCAGGAGAGGAGAAACCAGAGGAGGACAACGACUAUCACCGUAGCGACGAGCAGGUCAGCAUUUGCUUGGAGUGCAACAGCAGCAAGCUUCGGGGUCUGAAGCGCAAGUGGAUCCGCUGUUCAGCACAAGCCACGGUCCUCCACCUCAAGAAGUUCAUCGCCAAAAAGCUUAACCUGACAUCAUUUAAUGAGCUGGACAUUUUAUGCAACGAGGAAAUCUUGGGGAAGGACCACACUUUGAAAUUUGUUGUUGUGACAAGAUGGAGAUUUAAGAAAUCACCCCUCCUGCUCCAUUACAGACCCAAGAUGGAUCUGCUGUAGCUACAACGGACACAACGGUUGUUUUCUUUGUUUUUUUUAAUUUCCCUUUUCUGUUGUUGGCCCAGUGGCCGCGAACUGUGCCGAAACCUUUUUAUUUAUGCAAAGACGAUCAACCAACACCAAGCAAACACCCCGACGGUAAAAGUCAACACAAGCCAGCAGCCAAUCGGGAUCUAAAGGGAGGGAAAGGGGGACGAACACGACAAAAACUGGUGGCCUCCAGCACAGACACGGCAACACUGGUGUGUUUUUAGGAACUGAAACAACCAUUUUUUUUGUCCGCUACAUCCUACAUAUGUGAACAUGAGAAAAAAAGAAAAAAAAAAAUACAAAAACAAAUGGAGAGAAAGCAUAUAUUUAUACUUUUGUACAGAAGAGACACAUGGAACCAAGACACUACUGGUGCUCUGUUUACACAAAACAAGAUGUCGGGAAUCACAUGACCGUCUUUUUGAGCUUCAUGCAGACUUCAUCCUCCUGAGACAAUGACUGACAGGAGAAGAAGAAGGUUUUUUUUAUACGUUUCCUUUCACAGUACACUCGACACGUCUUUGGAGCACAGAAAGUAUAUGGAAAAGUUAUAUAACAGGCAUCAAUUUUAAGCUGUUUAUCAAGUAAAAUGUCUCUGAAUCUUUGUUUUUUUUUUAUUUCAUUUCGUUGGCUUUGUCUAAUUUGCUAUUAUUGAGUUCUUGAUUGUCAAUUGUGAAUAGGCAAAUUUUUUUUUUGUGUAGUAAUUUAUGUUCUAUAUACCAAUAUUGUACAUAAAAUGUCAUUACAGAGAGAAAGAGAGAGAUUGAAGAGACUUUAGACUGUUAAAAAAGAGUGGAUCCCAGAAGUGCUAUCUAUAUGUUGAAGUGUCUGGAGGUGAUAAAUUAGGAUUUUUAAAGACAGACUCACUAUCAGUAUCAAAAUAUAUAAAUGCAUUUUUAUGUUGUCUUGGAAAGACACAAAACAGCUAUAUCAAAUCCUCUUCCAUUUAUGUGUACGUGGGGUCCAAAUAUGUUACGUUGCUCUAAUAGAAUUACGAGACUUUAGGACAGAUAAGGACGAAGCUUCAGAAGUGUCCCCAACCUCAUGCUCCUCAUCUCACCUGCCUUCUAUACAGUUAACCUUUUCUUUCCUUUUUUUUCUGACAAUAUAUUCAGAUUUUACAGAAGAUACUCAUGUCCGUAAAUGCCUGCAAGACAUGAAAAUGCAAAAUUUGGGCAUUUUUUUAAUUGAUUUUAAUCCCACAGUUGUGAAACCAUGCAGUCCUUAAUAUCCGUCCCUGUUUGUGCAGCCUUUCAGCAGCACCAGGCUACUGCUUUUACACCCACAUGUUUACAGCUUUCGGUUUGAGCAGAUGUUUUUUCGCGCCCUCGCACCACGCAUUUUCUUUGGCUGCAUUAGUUCAUAUUUUUACUGCAAAACUACCAAAGCUCCGCAGUAGUGUUUUUCUUUUUAAAUGUCCAGUCUCACUCGUCUUAACAGCCACAAAGACGGUCUUAACCCAACUCGAUUACGGUGUUUAAUAUCGACAUUUAUCAGUCAAGAAGAUGAAACAAAAACUGCGUGCUCGUCUCCUCAAAGCAGGACGUCUGCGGUGUGAAGCAGCACAGAUGGGCCGGUUUGAUAAACAGGAGUGCAGGUUACCGAUGUCACAUUGUUGUGUUUCUGGAGUAGAUUUCAGUUACUUCUCACUGCCAGCUUGAGAUGCAAAUGUGCAAAAGUUGCACAGUGCUUAAGAGAAUUAAUUUAAGAACAUUUCUGAAAGAUAGGUAUUGUUUUUGUCACAAAAUCACUAUAAAACUUGGUGUUUUUUUGCAGAAUAGCCAGUGUUCGAUACUGUUGACUUCACAAGACACAAUUUUACAAGUCUUUUUGAAAAAAAUAACUUGCAAAUUCAGGUUUCGCACAGGGACUGAGAUUUUUUGAACAUUUUGAUAAUGAAAUUCUGAAUAAAAUGACCGCUGUUUGGUCAUUUGGUGCUCAUAAAUGUAUGUUUCUAACCUUGAGGACUAUUCCUCAGGAGCAAUGCUGUUCUUAACUGUGUGACGCAGCGAACCGAUGUUCUGUCAAACUACAAAAUGUCUUAACCCUAAAAAAUCCUGAACCGAACUGUCUUUAACGUGACCACAACUGGAUCCCUGAACACCGUGUCAGACCUCAAGUAGUAUUACCUCACUGACUUGUCUCAUUGGUAAUUCAACGACAAUUUACCUUUCGCAUUAUGUCAGCCCACAACAAGCUUUUUUUUUUUGUCUGUAUGUUCACAUGCAGGGUUCCUAUGCAUCCUCACAUGUCAAACGUCUGGAAAAAUGGAAUUGCAAAUUGGAUUUCAAAGCAAUGUAUAGGAACUCUGCCACACAAGGACCUAUGUCGUGUGUAUUUAAUGCAUUAUAGCCUACAGGUCUGUACAAAACCAGCUCAACCAAAACUCCUCCUGCAUGUUUCAGUUCAUUUCUUACGAUAAACUUUAUGUUCUUGAAUACCCUUAAUCCAGCUACCUUUGUAAGGCGACAUUGUUUUUGGUUUUUUGGUGCCAUUUUGUUGCAUUAAAUCAUGAAAUCUGUAUUCUUUUUUUGUUUUUAAAAAGGUUAAGUUUUGACCAACAUCUGCUGCUUCCGUCCUGGUAUACCUGUAGUUGCAGUAGAAGCAUUCAGAUUUGUUUCAGAUCUACACAUUUUCCGACAACUUCUAGCCUUGUUCCCACUUUUCCCUUUAUUAUUAUUGCUUUAAACACUGAACAUUGUAAUCGGCCUGCGUAAAAUUGGAAAUUUCCAUUUUGAAAGAUGAUCUACUGGUAAAAAAUGAUUUAAAACCAAAAACAAUGAGCCCUCAACCAUCUCGCCAGCUCAUAGGCGAGUAUUGUGUUUGUAAUUGGUGAAAAUCCUGUAACUGUUGUGUGCUGUUAUGUCUUUGUAAGACUUGGUAUUUCUGAGGGUUAAACACAUGAAUACAUAGAAAUUCGACCGGUGAUUCUCAUCGCAGUGACCUGGUUUGCAGUUCUAGGUUACAGUCAGUCGUGUUGCUUUGCAGUCAGUUCAAUUUUCAGCCUCGGCUUCAUCCAACCGGAGUCCUCGUCAUGUUUAAGUGUCUGUUUUAUGAUGAUAUCUCUUUACUGUACGUCAGCUUUUUCCUUCAGGUGAUUAAGCUGUUAAAAAACACACCCCCAAACACACGGUGCUACUGUAACUACCCCAGAAGAAAGGUUACCACAUUUCUGUACAAUGUAAAACACUGCAUGGCUGCUCUGUACCGUGGAGAAGGUCUGACGUUGAAACAAAGGCUACAUCUGUGCAGGUUUAGUCGCCUUUUGGUCUGCAUGGUUGUGUUCAUUCUGCUCAUGACAUGUUCCAAUUUUAUUUCUCAUUGGUUGCCAGAUGUCCAUCAUCUUGAGCUGAUCAGCUGUUCCAGAAUUGCUAUGAAUAGCAGUUUAGCUGGAAAACCCCACUGUGAUUUGUUGCAGAUGCCGAAACAAACUGCCUGGUAAUGCAUUUUUUUCGUCCGAAAUAAUGUGAUGAGGCCCACUACAAAAGCGUAGUUCGAAUUUCACUCGAAAGGCAACAGAACAGAAGCAACACUUUUUGACUUGAUGGAACUUCAGUGUCUAUUUUACAACCAGCAGAUUCCAGUUUUCAUGCAUCGUAAAGUUCUACAGUGUGAACAAAACCUUUCACUAACUCCUCGUGUAUUUGUCGAGUAUUUUUCAAACAAGCGAGCGAUGAACCCAUUGAAGGGUCAGGUCUUCGCCACAGUGACGGUCAGACAUCGUCUCUGCCGCCGGUGCUUUCUAUGGUGCUAACAACUCCUCGUUUCAAACUUCUUCAAGAGAGAUUCAGUCAGAGACAGAAAGACGCUGUGCUGCGAUGUUCUCCUCCCGCCUUUUUUCCCCACACGUCUCCUCUCUGUACCUGCUCGAGUCCUUGGGUGUCUUCUCUUGUCAGAGGUGUCUCGCUGUGCUGGUAACGAAGGUGCUGUUUUUUCCCUUUUCCAUUGAUUUUUUGGCUCUACCCUCUUGCCUAGGCUUGCUCUGGAAAGCAAACAGAUGGAUCUUUAAAUAAGUCAUAGACUGUGACGGGGCUGAUGCUGUGAAAAAUAAAAGUAGUGAGAUAUUGGGUGUACUAGCUGCAAUGUCGUGCCUCCAAGAGAAACUCACACUUAUUAUAGGCUUCUCUGGUGAGAUGUUUGCGCCUCUGAGUCAGAUUGACACUUCAAUCUCUAACAGAUAAUUGGCUCCGCAAGACGAGAACAUGCAUGAAAUUUAAAAUCACGCAGAGCUGAUUUUGUUUUAAUGUCCCCAAAUUUCUACGGAGCUCUCGGGAGCUUCGACCUCCUCACCGCCGGCGUGUGGAUUCCACAUUGAGAUGUCAGCGCUGCUAUGCUUGACAGCCAAGCUAAGAGGCUUACAGGAGGCCUGAGCGUGCCUCGCUGCAGAUAGGUGAGGGCAUCGACUCCAAACGGUCUCCGGCAGGAAGCGAGGCCGCCAUCUGUCAGAGCUUCAUCGUCUCUGCUUCGACCUUGACCUCCUGUCAGCCCGUUUGUUAUCUCCUGCGAGGAUCCGAGUGGAGCUCGGGGGGAGUUGCGUGAAAUUUGGAUUGGAGGUGGUUCGGCAGCUUCACGCCGACUGUCAGCGCGAGCACAUCGGAGUUUACUCUCCCACCACGACGUGAAGAUGAGCAAACAAUUCAUUUGUGCUGCUUUGCACGCUUUCUGAGCUCGGAAAUGUCUCAGAAGCUUGCUCUCUGAAGGCGGCGCCAUCCAUUUCAGCUUUUAUUUUCAAGCCUGUUGUUGGCAGCGGAAUCAUUCCUGGCAACUUAAAAUGGCUCUUGUGUGUUUUCUUCACUGUAAUAAGCGUCCACUCUGGGAGUGCGGUAGCUUUCUUUGUUGCCCAGCUCGCUUGUUCUCCCUCAUUUCUGAGUUCUCUGUAAAGCUCGGUAAUCUCACAGGCAGGCUUCGUGUGCGACGGAGAGGGAGACCUCGAGGGUUACUGAAACGGCAACAUGUAGGAAAACACCCCAAAAAACGAUUGUUUGGCCGGAGUGGCUGCCCGCUCUGAAAAGUUCUGAAAAGGGCUUGAAUGUGCUGAAUCGUGUCGCCAUGGGUGGUGCAGUUUGAAGAGCAAACGACUGGUCGAAUUAUGGAUUGUUUUCAAAGAUGACACCUCUUGACAUUUGUGUGCGAGUGCUAGAUUGAACCUUUUGGCUUCAGUAAUUGCCAUGUAAGUUGGGAAAUCGGUCAACAGCUACCAAAUCUAACAGUUUCAUGCUCCCAUGAGCCAUAGCAGGUGUCAUCAGUUUAAAUCUGUCCAGUUUUGUAUUAUUUAUGCUGAAAAAGUGACUUCUGCAGCAGUUUUCUUCAAAGAUUUCCUCUCCUCUUCUAACCUUUUACUUUCACCUCUUUCUUUUUUGUGUGAAAUCUACCUGACUCGUCCAGAAAACGGCUUAAAUUAUGACUUUGCAAUUGAACACCCCUCUUUUUUUGUAUUAAUCCAAGUGUGUUAAUGUCUGCGCAAUGCUCUGUCCAUGUAUAACAAAUGCAUAGGUUGCGUUUCUAGGUCAAGUGCGAAAAACAAAAAAGCAAAAAAAAAAAAACAAAAAAGGAAUAGUGUGAAUCUGGCAAUGUGGUUAUUGUAUUUGCAAGGAAAAUGUGCAAUAUACGGUUCUCAGAUGGUUCCAGGUUUCAGUGUAGAACUCCAUUUUUAAUUUUUUAAUAUUCUUUUUGCUAUCAUUUUUUCCAGUCAGUUCCUCAGGUCACUAAAUGCCUUCUGGUCCUGAGGGUGACCAGGGAAUCUCAGAACAUACACUAAUGCACCCAAAAUACAAGCGACUGGAUUUUAUUUUAGUCUUGUCUCUCUCUCCUUUUCUUUUCUCCCCCAUUUGUUGCAAACAAAUUUCUUAGAUUUUGCUUUUUUUUAUUUUCAGGUUAACACAGGCACUUAAUCGGGUGUCCUUUUCCUUGCCUCCUUUUUGUAUUAUUGUUAUUUAUUGCACAUGUAAUGAACUGGUUUCCAUUGCCACAUUUAAUUCCAAGGAGUUUUGGGUCUAGAGUGGGGCUGGAAUUUCUUACGUACAAAACUACAGAAGCUUUUGUCAAAACCUAAGUGUGUAUUUCAUCAAUAAAUGCCUUUAAAAGUG